CUCCCCGGUCGGGCCAGGUUGCCACUGGCACUAUAAGUCUUUUUUUUCUUUUACAGUGGUGGGACUGAGUGGAUCGUAUCAUUAUUUUUUCUGAUCCCCUAUAACAUUUGUUACAUUAGGCUAAAACAGAAACAUGGCUGACACAAAAGUCGACAAGAAGGAGAUCUCUGCCAAGGACCUGAAAGAGAAGAAGCUUGUUGAGGAGGCAGAAAAUGGAAAAGAUGCCCCAGCCAAUGGGAAAAAAGCUAAGGAGGCUGAGGAGAAUGGUGAUGUAGAGGAUGUAGACGAGGAGGAGGAUGUGGGAGAGGAGGAGGAUGAGGAAGAGGAUGUUGAGGGCGACGAAGAUGAUGAAGAUGACGAUGAGGUCGAGGGUCGCGCAGGCAAGAGGGCGGCGGAAGAUGAUGACGACGAGGAUGAUGAUGAUGAGGAGGAUGUUGGAACGAAGAAGCAGAAAACCGAUGAUGAUUAAGAGUUGUGUUUCAACCCGCUGGAAGCCCCUGUAACCUCUCCUAGACCACCGAGCGUUUUGGAGGGAAACUGUGGUCAUCAUCAAGUAGAGUUCAACGUCCGUGUACACACACCCAAUGUCCGCGUACACACACACACCCAACUGCAAAUUUUUUAGAAUACCCAAGACUUCAAAGUUCUACCUUCUUAACAAGAUACAGUACUUUAAAAGGAGAAUUUGUUUGUAUUUUUAUUUACAUUUUAUAUUUUUGUACAUAUUGUUAGGAGGUCAGCCAUUUUUCGACAGUGAUCUCUGGUUACCAAACGGUGCUUUGGAGUUGAUGCUUCUCUAUGAAAUAGACUUUACUUGUGGUUUGACCAUGUCAUGUUAUCUCAACACAAACUUGUACAAAUUUCAGAAAACAAUUAAAUUGAAAGCAUUCCAGUAACUUUGUAUUUGUACUUUAGUUGUACCAUACGUAGUUGGUUUGUAUGAGAUGGAAAGGCCAAAGAAAAGAGGUGUCUUUUCUCUUAUGUCGUUUAAAUUGCUGUCUGUUGUGGCCUGUUCAAUGUACGUGUGAAUUUGUUGUAAGACAAUAAACCAGAAUUUUAGUUUGUGAGCA